AUGGGACCACGUGGAAUAUUUUUGCUGAAGCCAGCAAGUAUCCUGUAAGUAAAAGAAUAGUAUUAAGUAUACGUAUCAAUUAUGAUGCAUUUCGUGCAAUCUUGGUAACAUCCAGCUAUUCCGAAUAGCAGAAUUUUUGUUCUUGUGGCAGUGCACUCCCGACUUGAGUAAUUAAAGGGGACAUAAAUCAUAACAUUUAUUUGGUACAAUAAUAUAAUUUAAGGUUACUCCACAUGAUGAAAGUCCAUUUCAGGAAAAUGCUCGCCGCACACUAAAUUUUUAAGUCCCCCCCUCAAAUUUGGCACUCACAAGGAUAAAUUAUUGCUGCUGCUACUACUUUAACAAAAAUUAUACAUUUUUAUAAACUAUGGUUGCUACGAGUUGCUUUUGAAAAUAUGACGCACUUCGCCCAACGGGCUUUAGAACCAUCCGAUUAAACUCAGAAGCUUCCAAACCAAAACGCAGGAGAUCUGCUGUGCGCAUAGAAGCCGAAGCACUGAGUGAGGACUCGAAUGCCAGAAGUGGGUCUGACAGCAAGCAAGUUCUUCUUGAGGACAUGGAAGCUAUUGGGUAUGUGUAUCAUUUUGGUAUUUGAUAACCUUCCUAUUCUUGUAUGUGAUGAAGAUGUAAAACCUCCCUGAGCCAUUUUGUGCAAUAUAUAUUUUUCAAAAUGCAGAUUUGAUGGGUCGAGUUUCGUAAAGAAUCUUGAAGCAAGCGUGGCUGAUCGGCAGAAAAGGGGAAAGCCGCCCAGGAAAAUACGUUAUGUCCAUUACUGUCAAUGGGCACAUGCUUUGCUGGUAAGUUUUGUAAUUAGUACUAGCCUGGUAUUAAUACUAUAGUCACAUGAUAAAUGGCUAAUGCUUUGCUUUACAUCAUUUUUAUCACAACCUCUCAACAGAAAAAGGAUAUUGGAGGAGAAGACGCGGAAUUUGGUUUUCCAUGCCAAGUGUUAAAUUUUAUUAGGCACAUUGCUCCAGGGGAUGUGAAAGGUGAAAUUAGAGAGGUAAAUAUGUAUGUUCAACAUAUUUUAGAUAGAUGUGAAUUUGUAUAAUUCAGUUAUUUUGUAUGAAGAAAGAAUAUAAUCAGUCGUAUCAUGAGUGAUUAAAAGCAUUGUGUCUUGUUACCUGCAUGUUGGCUCAAGAAAUGGUGCUAAAACUAUUUUGGAUAUGAAUAAUAGGGCAAUGAAGAUUAUUAUCGUAGUCGCUUUAUAGCGGGCCAAUGCAUGUGUUCAAUUCACUAGUCAAGACUAGUCAGUAGUCUGGUUUAGGAAUACCAAAAAAUGCGUUGAAUGUGAGUUUCGAAAAAUUACAUGCAGUAACAUGGCUUUAUAUGAUUUAUUUUAGGAUGCAUACUCCGUCUCAUUGAAGGUUUUCUGCAAAGUAUUGGAUAUACCAGAACGGCAGAAAAAUGAAUUGUUGUAA